AACAUAGUGCCAUAGUGGACACGAUAUUCACCCAUUUCAGCCGGCAGCUAGGUAUUUCUUUUUUCAACAAGCCAGACCGCCAGGCGCCAGUAGCCAUUGAGUCCUUGACCCGAAGUCCCACAGCCGCCGCCAAAAGGGUUCCUCACCAUCUUGAACGCUCGCCGGACCAAUCCCAAGCAGUCCUCGCAGCAGAUGGCAGUUCCCGGCGGCCGCAACGGACUCAGGGACGAGGACGACGACAUGGCCCAGCACGCCGAGGCCUUCGGCGGCGUCUCUGACGACGAGGACGUGCCCCCCCACCUUCGCGCCCUCGCCAACGCCGCCCAGUCCGGCGACGUCACCGCCCUUGUGGCUGCCCUCGAUAAUCAUGAUGGCAGUAUUGAUGUUCCAGUUGAAGAUGGUGAUACUUUGCUCCAUCUGGCAUGCUUAUAUGGUCAUCUUCCUUGUGUGCAGCUAUUGCUGGAACGUGGAGCUAGCUUGGAAUGCCAAGACGAAGAAGGUGCUAUUCCUCUUCACGAUGCUUGUGCUGGAGGCUUCACUGAGCUGGUCCAAUAUAUUCUCAACUUUGCUGCCAACAAGGAUGGUUGCGUAGUGAGAAUGCUCAACACUAUUGAUUCUGAAGGCGAUACGCCGCUCCAUCAUGCUGCUAGAGGAGAACAUUUGGAUGUUGUCAAGCUUCUUCUCCAGGCUGGGGCGUCCCCCAAGAAGGAGAACACUUACGGGCAGACACCCGCUGAUAUGGCUGACCAAGACACCGAAGUUCGAACCCUGUUGACUGCCAAGCAAAUUGAGGCAAGCACACACAUGAGUGAUGAUUAAGCGGCAUUGGAAUCCUUAGUUGCAACUGGUAAUGUUGAGAAAUAGCCGUAACAUCUUAUCUGCCAUCCAAACUUCAUUUGAACUGAAGUAAUAUUGUAAUCAGACUAGUAUGGAGGGGUUAGCUUAGCUACA